UCCGAGUCGGCGCUUCUUCCGUUCCCACUUCUUCCGGUCGGGGGACGGGAGUAUUCCGGUGUGUUCGUCGCCAAGGCAACAUUGCUCGACGGGUGAAGCAAAGCCCUGUGUUUUGUUUUGUUUUGUUUUGUUUUUCUACGUUGCUCUGAGGUGUUUUUUUUUCUUGGAAGGGUCCUCAAAAUUGUUGAGCCGGGAUCAAAAAUCUCCAAAACACAUAUAAAGUGACUUUGACUUUGAAGGUGGAUCUGGUUCUAGACAGAUACUAUAAUAAACAACUAAUUAUUGGAAUCUGAGAUUGUGAGGAAGAUGGUGAAUGUUUUGAAAGGAAUACUUAUAGAAUGUGACCCAGCCAUGAAGCAAUUCCUGCUGUACCUGGAUGAAUCAAAUGCCCUGGGAAAGAAGUUCAUCAUACAAGACUUAGAUGAAACACAUGUCUUUGUGUUGGCUGAAAUGGUUAACUGCUUGCAAGAGAGAGUUGGAGAGUUAAUGGACCAGAACUCUUUUCCUAUUACACAGAAAUAAAAAGUGGGGCUGGAUCUGGAUACACAUGGAACUGAAAGCCUGUAAAUUUUUCUGAAAAUUAAUUUAAGGCAGAUUGAAUAAUAGCCACUAUAAUAAGUGAGCUAUGCGCACGCACACACAUAUCAAGAAUUCUCUUUUAUCGUUUUCAGUUUCAUCCUGACUUAAAAAUAUAAUUGUGAUAAUAGCUAAUGAAGUGUUUGCCAGUGCAAAUGAUUUUAGGAUUUGAUAGUUUGAGAUUCUUAGGAUCUUCUGUGCAGAGGUGGGUGGAAUGGUGAUAUUGAUGUUCAGUUACUCUCUGUAAUUCUCCUUUAUAGAGAAAGCCACCUUAAAACAUACAGGAUAUAUGUUUUUAAUAGAAUGUGAAGGAGUUGUUUUUUACAUUUCCAAGGGAGACUAUAAAUUUUGUAAUUUGAUUGCUUUUGAAAAGCAUACGUUAAUGUGCAUGCUACAUGGUGCUGAAUAACUUUAAAUUGUUUUAUAACCUAGUCUUUUUUUAUUCAGGUUAGUAUAUUUCACUAGGUUCAGUGAGAUUUACUCCUGAAUUAAUGUGUAUAGGAGUCAGUUCAAUUCAGUUUAUUCAAUGUAGGCAUCUCCCCAUUCCAGAUUGACUCUUGGCUGCUCACAGUAAAACAAGACAAAGUAAUACAAUAAAGAGAACAAGAUGGCAAAUCAACAACCCCUACACAUACAAACAUAGCCAACAGGCCCCCACCACACCACCUCAGCCCAAGGCCUGGAGAACAGAAAGAUUUUAAAGGCUUGUUGGAAUGUCAACAGUGUGGGAGCCAUGCCUUUGGGGGAAGCUGAUUCCAGGAUGGCAGCUAGUGUAUCAUUUUCAACUGAGCUUUAUUUUUAAGUUUCCAGCUAUUUCCUGUUCAACAUUGUAUAUCAUUACUAUAAACCGUCUUGAAUAAAAAUUACUAAUUUUAAAACAUUCAUCAAUGUAUGACUAUUCAGACGUGCAGUACCAUCAUAUGUAUGUUUAUUCUAAGGUCCUACUGUGUUCACUAUGUCAAUCUCAUUUCACUAUUCAUGAAAUAAUACUUCUAAGUAAAUUUCCACAUGUUUGGAUUGGAGAUACAUAAAUGGCUAUUGGUUUGGAACCAGGCUGAAAGUCGCCAGAACAAUCUACAGAAAUUGCUGUCCUCCCCCUAGCAAGAACAUACAUUCAUAGAAAACUAGCUUCACCUCUAUCUUUGUAAAUGGUUAGGAACCACAAGGGUAUUUUGUGUAGCCUUUUAAAAGUUUAAGUAGUUUUCCAAAAGCAUUUAUGUCAACAUAUGUACUGGUUGAAAUUUUUAAUAUUUUACUACAUACUCUGUUCAUGCAGGUGUUAAUUUACUAAUACAUUAAGCAUGUUGUUUUCUCUUUCAAUCCCAAAGGUGAAAUAGAAAAUAUAUAUUUGUGACAUGCAGAAAAGUGUUAAAUAAUCAAAAUUGUACUUGAAGAUACAUUAAUUCUAGACAGAUGUAAAAAUAGACUUCUAAUAUUUAAAAGUGUCCAUGGCCCAUAAUAAUUGAAUAACAUUUGCAGCAAAGAUAAAAAAGAUACUUGUCAAAGAGCUAUACUGUAACUUUGCAUAGUUUUUUGUUAAUAAAUGUCAGGAUGUUCAAAAGGUGUAUACUCAUGUUAUAAAAUUUAUCUUUAACCCUUUG